CCCGAGGACGAGGACGAGGAAACCUUUGAAAGGGAAAAAAUUAAGUUGACCAUCCACGCUAAGGAGUCCACCGUCAUCUCCAACCUACGCCACUUCACCAGCUACCAGAUUGAGGUCCACGCCUGCAACCACCCGACCGACCAGACCCGCUGCAGUAUGGCGGCGUAUGUCAGUGCUCGCACACUACCUGAAGAUUGUUCGUCCUGUGGGCUCAAUCUUGACAAAGCUGAUGACAUCGCGGGUGCUAUCAGUUGCGAGGUGACAGAAAAUUCAGUGCACAUCACAUGGCAGGAACCAGUAGCCCCUAACGGUAUGAUCAUCCUGUACGAGGUCAACUACAAGAGACUGGGAGACACUGAGGAGCUGCACUACUGCGUGUCGAGGAACAUGUUCAAAGUGACCCGUGGCUGCAAGCUGAAAGUCAUGCACCCUGGAAACUACACAGUGAGGAUCCGGGCCACCUCGCUGGCUGGGAACGGAUCCUGGACUCAACCCACGUACUUCUACGUCCAGGAUCCAAGCGAUCCUCUCUACAUAGUAAAGAUCAUUAUCGGACCGGUCAUCUGCUUUGUCCUGCUGCUGUGUGUGGCCGUAGCAGGAUUCGUCAUGUUCAAGAAGAAUCAAACUCAAGGCCCAAGUGGUCCCAUCUACGCCUCUUCAAACCCGGAGUAUCUCAGUGCUAAUGACGUGUACGAAGAGGACGAGUGGGAGGUGGCCAGAGACAAGAUCAACAUUUUGAGGGAACUGGGUCAAGGCUCCUUCGGCAUGGUCUACGAGGGCAUCGCUAAGGACAUCAUCAAGGGCGAGGGGGAAACGUAUGUAGCAGUGAAGACGGUGAACGAGUCGGCCAGCCUGAGAGAGAGAAUUGAGUUCCUGAACGAGGCCUCAGUCAUGAAGGCCUUCAGCUGCCACCAUGUGGUGCGUCUGCUGGGUGUUGUGUCUAAAGGUCAGCCCACGCUGGUGGUGAUGGAGCUGAUGACCAACGGAGACCUGAAGAGCUUCCUGCGCUCUCUGCGACCUGACGCUGAGAACAACCCCGGGCGUCCACCGCCCACUCUGAAGGAGAUGAUCCAAAUGGCCGCUGAGAUCGCAGACGGCAUGGCUUACCUUAAUGCCAAGAAGUUUGUCCACAGAGACCUGGCAGCCAGGAACUGCAUGGUAGCUCACGAUCUCACCGUCAAAAUAGGAGACUUUGGUAUGACCAGAGACAUCUAUGAGACCGACUACUACAGGAAGGGCGGGAAAGGUCUGCUGCCCGUCAGGUGGAUGGCACCAGAGUCUCUGAAGGACGGUGUCUUCACUGCACAUUCAGACUGCUGGUCAUUCGGGGUUGUGCUGUGGGAGAUCAGCACGCUGGCAGAGCAGCCGUACCAGGGCCUGUCCAACGAGCAGGUCCUCAAGUUUGUCAUGGACGGAGGCUUCCUGGACCGGCCGGACAACUGCGCUGACAGACUACACAACCUGAUGCAGAUGUGUUGGCAGUACAACCCCAAGAUGCGUCCCGCUUUCCAGGAGAUCAUCGAGAUGCUACGCGAGGACCUGCACCCUUCCUUCCAGGAGUUGUCCUUCUUCUACAGCGAGGAGAACAAGCCACCCGAGAGCGAAGACUUCGACCUGGACAUGAUGGAGAACAUGGAGAGCAUCCCGCUAGACCCGUCGUCCUACUCCCAGAGAGAACAGUGUUUGGACAGGGACGAGGCCUCCUCCAUGGGCUUGAGGGGCAGUUACGAGGAGCACCACAUCCCGUUCACACACAUGAACGGGGGAAAGACCAACGGACGAAUACUGGCCCUACCGCGGUCCAGCCCCUCCUAACAUACUGUACACAUCCCCCUCAAAACAUGUCAACGCCAUAGAUUUAAAUAUAUUUUUGUUUUUUGUUGUCAUUUUAUAUAGAUCACACUUUUAUCACUUGCUUCAGAAGCCCUCCCCUUCAGGAUCUUUUUUUGUCCUCAGAUGCCACACACACUACAGCAAGUCCACACACAGAUGCCCGAAGACACUUUUUGUAUUUAAGGAUGAAACUCUCUUGUCAUGAUUGUAGUUUAUAUACUGUAUAUAUAUUGCCAAGUCUGUGCUAGACUGGGUGGAUAAUGGAUUCAACUGUGAAACAAACUCUUGACAAACAAGAAGGCUGCUAAACCCACUGUCCCUUUGCGAGUCCAGACUAUGUCCCUCUCCCUUACUUCAUCAAAAGCGUUCACCGGAUUGCUUAGUUUUUGAGAAAAAAGGAAAAAAAAGUGCCCUUCUAUUUUGUCUGUGGCCUACAAUGGGUUGUCAUGGAACUGUGUCUGAAUCUCUGUACGCAAGUGGAUGAUGAACUGAAAAUGAAAUGACUUUGGGAACUGUGUUGGAUUGUCAAAGACGGUCCAUCCUCGUACAAACUCUUAUCCACUGGAGAAGCUGGUUGAAGUGGCUUACCUCCUCACACUGCAGUAUUCCAAAAUGACACACAGGUUGAACACAGAACUUUUGUCGGGUUAUAUUUUUUAAAUUUAUUUACGUGUCUUUCUUUCUUUCUCCUUUUUUUUAGUUUGUUUUGUUUUGGGGGGAGUUUUCACAUUUACAGCUGAAGGAUAUUUAAACUGUUUUCAAAAAACAUGUUGGUGAAUGAGUUCCUCAGAUUGACCAAUAGCUGCUUCUUUGGUAUAUUUUAGUGGGUAUAGAAGAUUUAAAAAAAAAAAAAAAUCUAUAUAUAUAAAUAUAUUAUUGAUGUUUUUGUACAUAGCUGAUGUUGUCAUUCUUGAGGUAUUUCCGGUCAUAGAAAAUGUUUUUACAUGUUAGUCUAUUAUGUUUAUUUUUUCUAAUCCAGAAAAUCAUUACUAAUUAGCUUUUUUGGACUCAUGAUCAACCAACAGCACUUGGUCUGUUUUGCUAUGUGAUGCCCGGGAGGAGGCGUGUUUGGCGUCUUCAGCUUAAGAUGUCUGCCCAUCAUAUCAAGAUCAAAUAAAAUAGUGCUGUAAAUAAUGCAGCAAGGUGCAUUCAUGAA